AUGGGUCUACUUAUGGGUCCUCGGGAUCAGGCAUUUAUACUGAUUAUCGGGGGUCCUGUCGCGGCGGCCGCUCAUCGCGCCGCCCGACAUGCGGACAAUGCCAGAGCAUCGUCGUCGCGCCUGCAGGGGCUUGGGACAACAGAACGGACGACUCGCUCGGCAGCAGCACGAAUGAAGCCGCAGCCCAAGCUGAAGCUGAAGCUGAGUGAGAAGGCUGCCCAGCAGGCGCCGGGAAUGUCGUUCCUCGGAUCCUAUGACAGAGAACUGGACUCGGACGAUGAGGAUUUGGCAUUCGAGGAGCAAUUCGUCCUGCGCAUGCCCCCUGGAGAUGAUUGCGAGAGGCUGCGGAAGAUGGUUUCAACGAGGGAAGUGGAGAAUGACGUUUGGUUUAAAUUUAAAGAUGCCAGACGAGCUGUAUUCCACAUAGGAAAUAACCUUUACUCUGCGAAACUGGUCGAUCUACCUUGUAUAAUCGAAUCCCAGAAGACGCUGGACAAUAAGCAGAUGUUCAAAGUUGCAGAUAUAUGCCAGAUGCUGGUGGUAGAGGGCAAGGUGGACAAUGAAGAGGCUGUUAGCAGCCAGAAGAAUUUCAAUAUCGACGAAUUCAUCUGGCCGCAUGGGAUCACGCCGCCGCUUCACUGGGUUCGGAAGAGAAGGUUUAGGAAAAGGGUGAACAGGAGAACCAUCGAGAGUGUAGAAGAGCAGGUUGAGCGACUAUUAGAAGCAGACGCCGCGGCGUCGCAGGUUCAAUAUGACGUGCUAGAGAAUGUGAACCCUGACAUGUCUGACUCUGAAUUUGCGGACCAUGAACAAUCCUUCGAUGCGCCAACACCAGCUUUUGGCUCGGAACUCGGCGACGCGCCCACGCCUUUACCGGGCGAAGAAGAUCUCGCACAGGACGGAGAGGAAGGCGAAGAUGGCGAGGACGAAGGUGAUGGUGACAUUGAUGAGGAACUAGCGGCGGAGCUAGACCUUGCUUUGGGUGAUGAGGACGAGGGAGAUGAUGCGGAUGAGGAAGACGAAGAGGAGGAGAGUGAAGAGGAGGAAGACGACGAUGAAGACGAUGAAGUCAGCCAAGCGAAGAAGUUGUUGAACGAGGAAAUUCGAGACCUUGAAGCUGCUGUUAACAAGAAAGAGGGCGAAGUCGCAAGCAGCGCAAACCCAUUGAUCCGGCGGCGGUUCGAGGAUGCUCUGAAGAAACUCAAGGCAGAUCUAGCCAUGAAGGUUGCACAAAGGGAAGAAAUGAAGGAGAAGCAGAGAGUCGCGAAGGAAGGUGGGGCAUCUGAAGCUGUUGACACUGACGGCGACAGUGGUCCAAAUGAUGAGGACGCCGAUGAUCUCUUCGGACCUGAAGAGUCUGGAGUAGCUAUGGACAUUGGAUAGAUAGGGAAAACGUGUCUUCUCGUGUAUUGUGUGCACUGUAUAUUAUUUCAUAUGUAUGUGUGUGUACCACCUAUUAUCCCUAUAGCAGACAGACCAAUCCCCCUUGCAGAGCUAGAGGUGCAUAAACCAAGCAGACGAACGGCGCAAACCAGAUACCUAGAACGUCCCAAUUCCACAUCGCCUUCCGCACCUCUUCUUGGAGAAAGACCAUCCAACCAAAGCCUAGUAGUGCGUAUGCGAGGUACGUAGCUAUACGAACCCCCAGCUCGGGAGACGAUGAGGCAAGAGUCAACGGAACGCCCAGCAAGACAGCAGAUAUUGCUGCCAAGGAGAAAUUGAGGACUGAUGUCACUGAAAUGACAGUUGAGGCAAUGC